UAGAGGUGCCCCGUAUCCGCUCCCCCGGCGGAUAGUGGGAGGCCAUCUUAGGUCCCUGUGGGGGCAGCCGCGAGUCCGAUUUGGCUCGGUCACGAGCACCCGGGUUGAAUCGGAAGCAGCUGCCUUCUGGGGCCGAGGCCUGGGUUUCCCGGCAGCUGGCCCGUUCCCGGGACCCCGGCUGAAGAAAUACUGUUAAGUAUUGGAAAUAGCAGCUCCUUAUCAUGGCCAGCAGCCCUGAUGAAGAUCCAGGAGAGAACAGAAUUGUAUAUGUGAAAGGGGACCUUUUUGCAUGCCCCCAAACAGACUCAUUGGCCCACUGCAUCAGUGAGGAUUGUCGAAUGGGUGCUGGGAUAGCUGUUCUCUUCAAAAAGAAGUUUGGAGGGGUGCAGGAGCUCUUGAAUCAACAAAAGAAAUCUGGCGAAGUAGCAGUACUAAAGAGAGAUGAAAGAUAUGUAUACUACCUGAUUACAAAGAAGAGGGCUUCUCACAAGCCAACUUAUGAGAACUUGCAAAAGAGUCUAGAGGCCAUGAAAACCCAUUGUCUCAAGAAUGGGGUGACUGACCUCUCCAUGCCUAGGAUUGGAUGUGGUCUUGACCGGCUACAAUGGGAGAAAGUAUCUGCAAUGAUUGAAGAGGUGUUUGAGGGCACAGACAUCAGGAUUACUGUAUAUACUCUCUGAACAGAUGGACCUUGUGGAUGUGUCCAUGUCUCUCAUCUCACCCCCACCAAGCCCAGAGAACUGGGACAGGAGAUCUUAAAUUGAGCAGGGAAAAGUUUUAUUUGAAGUUGUCUCUCUCUUACACCGGCCAAAUUCCAGUUGCCGUUGUUUGGAUGGGCUUUGGAGGCUAGGGUGUUUCAGAUAUGUUGCUGUUUUGUUCAAAUGAGGGUGAGAAGUUGAUGGUCUGUUAAACGGGGAAAUGCUGGGUGAUAGUUAACAGGUUGAACACCCCUUGGUGCGUGUCAUUGAUUUGUUCAGCUGGCCACUAAGUGGCAGCAUUGACUCUGCUUCUCUUUAAGGAGAGUACUUUCAGGGAGGAUAAAAGUUUCAAUUGGCUUGGCAUUUCUUUUUGUAUAUUUGCCCCCCCUGAAAUCAUGAUUUGUGCACUUGUUCAGUGUUGUCUUUGUGUUGCCAGAGCCAUUCUAGGACAGGCAAAUUAAGGUGUUGUUUUUUUUUUUAAUUUGUAUAACUGAGCUUUAUGUUGUUGACAGGGGGAAUUCUGUUGAAUAAAGUGAAAAAAAAAACUUUCUCUUGAGUUUUGUAAAGUGAGGUUUUGUGCUCAUGGACUGUAACCUCAUCUCACUUUAGAGUAAAGCAAGUGCAAGAGUUUUCAGUUA